UAACAAAAUUGGGGUGCCAAAUUUUAGUGAUUCUUGAUAGAUAAUAAAUCAAGCUUUGCAUUGAAUACUGUCUCUAUAAGCUGAAUAACGCGGAAUAACUAAAGUUUUGCUCUAACAAAGGUACAAAAAUCGAAAAAAACACGUUUUUUUUAACUUCAAUCACCAAAACAAAAAUGUAAAACACCCUGUGAAAUAAAAAAUUACUUACAUAAUUAUACCUUGAUAUUUAAAAAAUAUAAAAAAAAUAAAACUUUUAUUAAAACACACACCAAACGCACGAGAAAAAAUUAAGAGCAAAGUAACCUCUUUCACCUAAUAAAGAGAAAAAAAAUCGCCAACUGCAACUUCGAAGCUAUUUUUUUUUUUGUUUACAUGAUCCCCACCUAUCAAUACUUUUGUUAUCACUUUCUACAAUCUAUUAGCUUUAAGAAAAACCGGUUUUGGCAUCAAACAAGACAAGUCAUUUUUCGAAUUAAAUUCCGCUAAAUUCGCGAAAUCCCACACUGUGCGUCGUGUCAUCGACUAAUAAAUUUAAUUAUGAAAAUUAAUAAUAAAAGACCUGUAGCCCACAGAAAAGGAGAGUUUGCCCUUUAAAGAUAAUUUUUUCCCAAAUAUUUACUACUGUUAUUUCCUUACAAUUUAGUCAAUUUUUUUUUAUAUUUUAUAAUUUGGAAACGUACGAAAGAAUACUUUAUUUAAAAAUUCACUCUAAUGUUCCCGCGUUUGUUGGCAUUAUUCUUAGCAAACGAAUAAGAGAAGGUGAAGGAAGAAAGUGAGUUCAAAGUGGUAAUAUUUAUGAAGAAAUGGACUUGUUAUUAAAAAUGCUUUUACUCCUGCUUUUUUGUGCAAGCUGUGUGCCAUAUGUUCGAACUCAGUCCUUAGUUGAUUUGGUCUUAGAUUUGGAGACAACCAUUUUAAAUACUCGUAUUCCCGAUAGAAAGGUCUUGCACAGGAGCUAUGACUUUAUUGUCAUAGGAGCUGGAUCUGGAGGUGCUGUAGUUGCUAGCAGAUUAAGCGAAACUAAGAAUGCCACUGUUUUGCUUCUAGAAGCUGGAGAUCAAGAAACGUUUUUGAGUGAUGUUCCUUUAACAGCACCCCUUACCCAAAUAACCCGCUAUAAUUGGGGCUACAAAUCCGAUCCAGUGAAAAAUGCGUGUCAGGGUUUAAGAGGUGGCGUUUGUAAUUGGCCAAAAGGAAGAGGCCUUGGCGGAACUAGUCUUAUAAAUUUCAUGCUCUACACUCGUGGUCAUCGCAAAGACUAUGACAAUUGGUCUCAACUUGGAAACCUUGGGUGGAGCUAUGAAGAGGUUCUACCUUAUUUUAAGAAAUCAGAAAGAAUUGGAAUUCCUGAGUUGCGUGAUUCUGUUUAUCAUGGUCGAAAUGGUAAUCUAGAUGUGCAGUACGCAAGUUAUGGCUCAAAAUUGUUGAAAGCAUUUUUAAAAUCAAGCAACGAAAUGGGUUAUAAUAUAACCGAUCCAAAUGGCGAACAAUUGUUAGGAUUUAGCAGAUCGCAGGCUACAAUUCGAAAAGGUAGACGCUGUAGUACUGCAAAAGCUUUUAUUAAGCCUGCAGCUGGUCGUCCUAACUUACACAUAUCGAUGAGAACUUGGGUCACAAAAAUUCUUAUUGAUCCCAAAACAAAGCAAGCUAUUGGAGUUGAAUUUAUAAAAAAUAAAAAGAAACAAGUUGCUUAUGUGAGGAAAGAGGUUAUUCUGUCAGCUGGAACUAUAGCUUCGCCACAGCUUUUAAUGCUGUCAGGAAUUGGACCUGCAGAGCAUUUAGCUGAGUUUGAAAUUCCAGUGAUUCAAGAUCUCAAAGUUGGAUAUAAUCUUCAGGAUCAUGUCACAUUGAAUGGUUUGGUAUUUAUGACUAAUGUAACGUCAUUAAGUGACAAGAGUCUAAUGAACCCAUCCGAUGUAAUGAACUACGUACUUCAGGGUAAAGGACCUUAUACAAUUCCAGGAGGAGCAGAAGCUUUUGCUUUUGUUAGAACAGAAAGUUCAAAUUAUGAUGAUGACUAUCCGGAUAUGGAGAUUGUUCUUGGAGCUGGGUCAUUGAGUGGAGAUACUAUGGGAACGAUGAGAGAUUUACUUGGAAUUACAGAUCAGUUCUAUGAUAGUGUUUUCAGUGACAUUGUUAAAAAGACAAACCUGAAUAAUUUAUUAAUUUCACAGAACACUUUUGGAAUGGUCCCAGUUUUGCUGCGUCCUAAAAGUCGUGGGAGAAUAUCUUUACGCAGCAGAAAUCCAUUUCACUGGCCGAGAAUGCAGCCAAAUUUUAUGGAACACGAUGAUGAUACACGAGCAAUGAUAGAGGGAAUAAAAAUGAUCUUACAAAUCAGCAACACAAACUCAAUGCGAAAAGUGGGCAGUCAAUUUCAUAAAAAACCUUUUUUGGGCUGUGAAAAUGAACCUUUCAAUAGUGAGUCGUACUGGAGGUGUUGUCUUCGACUUUAUGGAUCGAGUUUACAACAUCAAUCUGGAACAUGUAAAAUGGGUCCAGAUUUUGACACUGAAGCUGUUGUUGAUCCUCAACUCAGGGUUAAAGGAAUACAAAAUCUUCGUGUUGUUGACGCUUCAAUAAUUCCCAUUAUUCCCGCUGGUCAUACAAAUGCAAUUGUAAUAAUGAUUGCAGAAAAAGCAUCGGAUAUGAUAAAACAAUCUUGGGGAAUGUUGUAGAUGCGAUGGAGGCUCAAUUAAGGAGUUCAUCAAGAGAGAAAAAAUGUCUGUGAUUUUAUUAACAUUAUUCACCCAUGAAUAAGUGAAGAAUUAAUCAUAUAAAUAAUAAUUCAUAAACCACUCACUUUGUAAAUAUUACAUUUUAACAUUAAGUUUUAAUUAAUAAGUCUUAAAAAAA